AUGCUCGACCUGGCUGACAUCAGUCUCGUACUGCGAGGGACGCUCGUCUCGCCUCAGCCCGACCGCUCGCUCUCCAUCCGCGAGGACUGCGUCGUCGUGAUUGACAGCAAGGGAUUCAUCGCUGCUAUCGACAACAGCACGGGCAGCGCGCUGGCGGAUGAGGUCGACACGCUCGUUCGCGAGGGAAAGGUGGGGCAGGACAAGGUGGUCGAGCUGGGAGACGGCUGGGCCCUGCCAGGCUUUGUAGACACGCACAUUCACGCUCCUCAGUAUCCUAACGCUGGUAUGGCGCUGGACAAGCCGCUGAUGGAAUGGCUUGAAGCGUAUACGUUCGCCGCGGAGUCGCGGAUAGACAAGGAUCCGGCUUACGCGCAGCGCGUCUACCAGAAGCUCGUACAGCGCUUGCUGGAGAACGGUACGACGGCUGCGAGCGUCUUUGGCACGAUCUCGGUCGAGGCAAAUCUUACUCUCGCGAAAGCCUUCCUCGACGCCGGCAUCCGCGGCCAGAUCGGCAAAGUCGCCAUGGACCAGAACUCGCUCCCUUCCUACAUCGAGACGACCGCCUCCUCCCUCGCCGACACCCGCCGCUUCAUUGAGUCGAUGCACUCGCUCGUCGCCUCUCUCCCCGACGAGCAACGACUCAUCGAGCCUGUCGUGACGCCUCGCUUCGUCCCGACUUGCUCGAUCGAGCUCAUGAAAGGACUGUCGGACCUGGCGAAGGAGAAGAACGUGCGGAUACAGUCGCAUAUGUGCGAGAGUCAGGGGAUGGUCGAUGUCUGUCGCGAGAUGCUGGGCGGCAAGAGCGACGUCGAGCUGCUUGACCAGCUCGGCCUGCUCAACGACCGCUCUCUCAUGGCGCACUGCACCCAUUCUACCGCCGAUGACCUCGCCCGCCUGUCCCGUACCGGGACCGCCAUCGCCAGCUGUCCGCUCUCGAACGUCUACUUCUCAGCUGAGCGGCAGCUUCCCUUGCGAGAAGCUUGGAACGCAGGCGUCAAGGUAGGGCUCGGAUCAGACAUCUCGGGCGGCUACCGCGUCGGGAUUGACGAGAACAUGCGCUGGGCGGUGGGGGUCUCGCGGUUGAGGGAGGGCGAGCGGCAGCGGGACUUGCGAGAGAGUCGGCGGCAGGAAGAGCGGUCGGCCAGCUUGGCAAUCUCGUGGAAGGAGGCGCUCUACCUUGCCACGCUCGGCGGAGCGCAGGCUCUCGGGCUGGACAAGGAGCGCAAGGUCGGCGCGCUCGAAGUCGGGUCGGCUUUCGACGCGCAGUGGAUCCAGCUUGGGCAUCCGCGGAGUCGAGUGGACUGGUUCGACGUCGAGGAGGAGGAAGGCGGGGUUGUCAAGCGGGUCUCGACGGAGGAGAAGCUCGAGAAGUGGUUCUGCAACGGGAGCGAGGUGGAUCGGAAGGCGGUCUGGGUGCAAGGGAAGCGGGUGUGCAGUCGGCCGGAGCCUUGGUAG